AUGCGCCUUCUAUCUCUACAAACUUACCUUGCCCUGCUGAUCGUGACCACCGCCGCGGCUCAAGAACGCGCCGCCGGGUCGCCCGCGCCAUCGGCGGCGCCGAACGAUGCUGCUUUUCACCGCGAGUUCGUCGGCUCGUACCCUAAGCAGGCGCCGCCCUCCAAGGGCGUCAAGUCGUUCACGAUCACCGCCGCGCCCACCGAAGUCAAGGUCUUCAACGGCCACACCCUCGCGGUCUGGGCUUACAACGCCCAGGUGCCCGGCCCGACCCUGCGGGUGCGCCUCGGCGAGACCGUCCGGGUCGAGUUCAUCAACCGGCUGCCGCAACCGUCGACCAUCCACUGGCACGGAGUGCGGGUGCCCAAUGCCAUGGACGGUGUACCCGAGGUGACGCAGGCGCCGGUGCCGCCAGGCGGCAAAUUCGUCUACGAGUUCACCCCCAAAGACGCCGGGACGUUCUGGUUCCAUCCCCACGUGCGUAGCAGCGAGCAAGUCGAGCGCGGUCUCUACGGUGUCUUGAUCGUCGAAGAUCCCGAGCCGCCGGCCUACUCGCAAGAGGUGCUCUGGGUACUCGACGACUGGUUGAUCACCCGCGAAGGCCAGAUCGAUCCCAACUUCAUCACCCGCCGCGACCUGGCCCACGACGGACGUUGGGGCAACGUGGUGACGGUCAAUGCACGCACCGAUCAGGUGCUGCAAGUCAAAGCCGGCGAGCGCAUUCGGCUGCGGCUACUCAACGCCGCCAACGGCAGGGUCUUCGAGCCGGAUUUCUCCAACUUCGAAGUCGAGGCCAUCGCGGUGGACGGGAUGUACGCGGCACGGGCGUUCGAUCCGGCGGGCUUCGAAAUCGCCCCCGGCAAUCGGCUGGAUUUGGACCUUCGGAUCCCGACAGGAUUGGCGGGCGAGACCUUGCCGAUCAUCGACCGGUUCACCCGCUCGGCUUUUCAGGUUGCGCAGAUCGAGGUCCUCGACGAGGUGGUCAAGACGCCGGACUUUCCGUCCCAGGCGACGGCUUCGGUACCCGUCUGGAGCGGUGCCGAGCAGACCACCCCACAGCUAAGCUACCUGCUAAACGCCGAGAGUGGUGGCGAGUAUGGCCUGCAAUGGACGAUGAACGGCGAGGCCUACCCAGAGGUCUCCCCCGGCCGUCUGGCGACCGAUCAGUGGGCCAAGAUCCAGUUCGAGAACGUCUCGGCCCGCCUGCACCCGAUGCACAUCCACGGCUUGUUCUUCAAGCUCUUGAGCCGCAACGGCAAGCCGGUCGACGAGCCCUUUUGGCGCGACACUGUGCUGGUGCACUCCCGCGAAACCGUCGAGAUCGGCACCGUGCCGCUGGACGAAGGCCGCUGGCUGAUGCAUUGCCACAUCCUGGAGCAUGCGGCGGCGGGGAUGAAGACGAUUCUGGAAGUCGAGGGAGUUGGCAAAGAAGGCCCGGCCGUGGCAAAAGUCAGACGCAAGCGAGAGCGAGUGAUUUUUCGUCAGAUCAAGGCGCGAAAGCGCAGGAAGAUCGGGGAUCUUUCGAGAUUUCGCAACGCAGAGCUGGCGAAAAAGCGCCGCUUGCAGCGCGGCUCGACUUUUGCCACGGGCUGCUAUGGGACGCAAACCAGAGAAUUCAGGGACCCCAACCUCUUCGUCCCGCAAGGGACGUUAUACCUGAGCGAGGGGUUUCAACCCCUCGCGCCUCCUAGCGCCCCAACGGCCCCCUCGCUACCCAGCUUGGCAAGCUCAGGGUGCAAUCCUUAG